CCGAGCCAGGAUCCGAUCUAGGUUCAGCAGUCCCGGGGGAUCAGAUCACUGUGAUCGGGCGGUGUGAGAGAGAGCGGAUCUCCGGGGAUCGGAGCGCAGCGGCCGGGACAGUCUGGUGAUCGAUACCGCGAUCGGAUGAGGAUCACUGACCACCAGUAACAGAAUUCCGGACCAGUAAAGGAGGAUUCUGGUCUGACUGGUCCAGGAUUCAUCAGAUCUCUCCUCAGAACCCACGAUGUUUGUAAUGCCGAUGACAGACGGCCAGCACUGACGCCCCGUUACUGACGCCCCGUUACUGACGCGUGUCUGUAGGAUGGGAGUUUAACUCUGGGACGCUCGUGUGGAUCGGAUCAUGUGGAAGUUCGGCCCUUGACUCUGGAUCAGUAGUGUAAAUAUCUGUGCCCACAUGCGGGCAUCGUCCUGGCACGGCAGCCGACAGCAUGGCAUCCAACGAGAGACUGUACGAGGUGUGGAUGUUGUACUGCACCAAGCGAGACCCGGAUUACCUGACGCUGUGGCUGGAGACCUUCAUCAGCUCGUACGAUCGCAGCCUCAACGUGGACUUUGAGAAGCAGCCCUGCAGGGUGGACGAGGUUCCUCCGGUUCUCUCUCUGCUCCCCGAUAACAUCCUGCAGGUUCUGCGUGUUCAGCUCCUGCAGUGUGUUCAGAAAGCUUCAGCAGGUCUGGAACAGGAACAACAGCAGCUCGCUCUACUGCUCCUCAAGUUCCUCAUCAUCGUCUGCAGGAACCUGUCUAAUGUGGAGGAGAUCGGAACCUGUUCCUACAUCAAUCAGAUCAUCACCAUGACGACGCUCUACAUCCAACAGUUGAAGAGUAAGACUAAGGAGAAGGAGCUGGUGGAUCAGACUCAGGCGGAGGAGUUUGUACGACACGCUCUGGCUUUCUGUGUGAGUCUCUACGAUCCUUAUCACAACUGGAGACUCCGGAUCCACGGGCAGCAGCUCAGCUCUGUGGAGAGAAGCAGGCAGAAGUAUAAAGCCGCCCCUCUCACCGUGGAGUUCGUCCCCUUCUUCUACCAGUGUUUUCAGGAGAGUGAACACCUGAAGGACAGUUUGAAGUGUUGUCUCCUCCACCUGUUCGGGGCGAUAGUGGCAGGAGGACAGCGUAACGCUCUGUUAGCCAUCUCUCCUGCCACCAUGGAGGUGUUGAUGGGGGUUUUGGGAGGAGGAGCAGGAGGAGGAGAGUAUGUAGGGGACGGUGAUGAGGAUUGGGACGGGGCCGGGCCGGAUCGGAAGGCGGUCCUGACUCUGUGCUGCGUGAGGGAGGUGGUUCACAGUCUGUUAGCCAGCAGCUCGGACCAGAGGCAGGUGGAGAUCAGCAACGUGCUCGACGGCUACUUCAAACUGCUCAACUCCGACCCCAACGCCCCCGGGGUCAAGGAGCAUCCCGCCCCGUCCCGCUCCCGGAACUGGGAGAGCCGACUGGUGGCCCUGCAGGUGCUGAUGCUCGAAACCAUCCAGGACAUGCUGGAGUGUUCGGACCGGCCGGUCCUGCAGGCCAUCUUCCUCAACAGCAACUGCUUCGAGCACCUGACCCGACUCCUCCAGAACAGCAAGCUGGUAAACGUUAGGUGCGGCGCAGCAGACAAGGAGCAGAAAGAUUUAACCAACCGAUUACUGACGGGACAGAUGGAGAGCCAGGUCUUUCAAGGGAGGCUGGAUUCCCUCGCUGUAGCGACCAUCAAGACCCUCACUACGGUCAUGCACAGGUCACCGGCCGCCAAGGAGGUCUUCAAGGAGCGGAUUGGGUACACGCACCUGUACGAGGUGCUGGUGUCUCUGGGUCAGCCUUCCAGGAACCUGCUGAAGGAGCUCAUGAACAUGGCGGUGGAAGGCGAUCACUCCUCAGUGGGAUUUUUAGGCAUCAGCAACGUGGAACCUCUCCUCCUCUUGGUCCGCUGGCUUCCCGAUCUCGAAUCGGCCGAGCUGCAGAUCUUCGCGGCCGACCGCCUGCGCCGGAUCUGCGCCCUGAACCGGCGGACGCGGGCGGCCUGCGUUAACGCCCGCAUGCCCGAGAGCAUCCUGUCCACUCUGGAAAGAGACACCCGUCUUCCACGCGUGUGUGCGGAGAGCCUGCUGGCCCUGCUGGGGGCCCUGGGGGCGGAGUCUCUGAGCGGCGCCGAGCUCCAGCGGCUCCUGGGCCUCCUGCGGAACCCGGAGAACCGACCCCACCGUUACGCCGAGCCCGUCCUGCGCUCGCUGCUCGGCAUGCUGCGCAAGCACACGCUGCACAGCGCGACGCACUACUUCGACCUGACUCCGCCCAUGGCUGGGAUCACCGUGCCCACCGUGUCCAGGUGGCCCGGCUCCGCCUUCACCUUCCUGGCGUGGCUCUCGCUGGAUCAGGAUCAGCUGGAACCAGCUGGUAAAGGAGAGAAGAGGAAGCAGUUGUACAGUUUCUUUACAGCAGGGGGUACCGGGUUUGAGGCGUUCAUCAGUUCUUCUGGUUCCCUGGUGGUGGCGAUGUGCAGCAAGAAGGAAUACGUCACCGUCACUCUGCCCGAUUACUGCUUCUGCGACUCACUGUGGCACUAUAUUGGUAUAGUCCAUGUUCCUGGGAAGAGACCGUUUGGACAGAGUCUGGUCUACAUCUACGUGGAUGGACAGCUGAAAUUAUCAGCACCACUGAAGUACCCCAACAUGGCUGAGGCCUUCACGUCAUGCUGUAUCGGCUCGGCCGGUCAGCGGACGACCACUCCUCCCCCGUCCCAGAUCCCCGACCCUCCCUCGUCCCGUGGGUCCAUGUGGGGAGGUCUGUCCAUCUCGAGGCUGGCUCUGAUCUCACCGGGGACGCAGGACAGCGAGUGGGGGCGACCGACGUCCCUGCAGGGCCACCUGAGCACAGUGAUGGUUUUCAGUGAAGCCCUCAACACCGGCACCAUCAGAGCUCUGUACAACACAGGGCCGAACUGUAUUUCUCCCUUUAAAAGUCUGGAGGCAGAACUCGGUGACGUCAACACCAAACUCCUCCUCUACUACUCUCCAAAGGCCUGUAGAAACCCCAUCUGUCUUGACCUUUCCCCAAAUCUCCUCCAUGGACGACUAACAGGAACUAAAGUGGUCAACUGGGAUGUGAAGGAUGUUAUUAACUGCAUUGGAGGACUUCCUGUACUCUUCCCUAUUCUGGAGCAGCUGACCCUACUGACCCCUGAGCAACACGUGGAAUCCUCAGGGUCAGACUUCAUGACCCCUGAGUCUGCCACACCCACUGAUGGGGACUGGGUCAUACUUCCUUCAAACAGAGCCUCAGAAGCUCGGCUGGAGAAGAAUCUGGCUGCCACCUUCCUGUUGGUGCUGAAGCAUUUUCUGCUCAGACACACAGUGAACCAGGAGGCUCUUCUGCACUCGCAUGGAGUCACUACACUCGCUGCCCUGCUGCAGAAGUUGCCAGCAUUCAUGGUGGAUGUGAGUGUGCUGGUGGCCGUACAGCUGCUGAUAGAACAGGUGACGUAUGAGAAGAACUCACAGCUGCUUCAACAGCUGCACACACACCUGCUCUUCAACUUCAACAUCUGGAACCAGGGAGACUUCCCCCUGCGCAUCGGACAUAUCCAGUACAUGUCCACUGUCAUUAAGGACAGCAGGAAACAGUUCAGGAGGAAAUACGGAGUUCAGUUCCUGCUCGACACCGUCCGCCUUUACUACGGUGGGAAUCGUGAAGGUGAUCUGAGCGAGGAAGACGUCCGGACCAUCAGAGCGUCCCUCUGUGGUCUCCUCAAGUACUACAUCAGCAAGGGCACCAGCCAGGAGGAGAUCCAGAGCAUUCUGGGAUACAUCAGUGCCAGUGGAGAUGAGGAGCAGCUGUGUGCUAUCCUGGAGGUGUUGCUGAGUCUCCUCCAGACGGGCGUGUCCCGUGAUCAGCUCUUCCUGCUGCUGUUUGAGCCGGGCGCGGCCGACUCCUGCUACGCCCUGCUACUCAAUCCCAAACACUCGGACCGUCUCAGAGAGCUCGUCUUCAAGCUGUUCGAGCGGAUGCUGAGGUGUGAUCGUGUGUAUGAGAAGAGUAAACUGAGGUUGAGGUUGAGGGACGUGGGAUACUCCGGCCUCACGCUGCUCUUCUCUGAGGCUCAUAUCACCUCCACCCUCGUCAAGUGUCUCCUCAACCAGGUUCUACACACAGAUCCGGUGGUGAAUUAUAAAGAUCUGAUGGCUCUGAUACAGCUGAUCCACCGAGCGGAGCUGAGUGUUCGCAUGCUCGUCUGUAAACGGCUGUACUCUCUGGUCCAGUCUCAGCCGGACGCGGCGGUGCAGGUCAGUAAGCAGGUCUGUUGGCAGGACUCUCUGAUCCGCGUGUUGGUACGCGGCAGCGGCGGCGGCGGCGGUUCCGGUGACUCCGGUUCCGGUUCGGUUCGGGGCGACUCCGGCAGUCUGGGCAGCGUGGGCUCGAGCCGGGCGGAGCUUCCCGUGUGCCCGGAGACCCCCGAUGAUUUCGGGGAGGUUCUGUCUCUGCCCGAGACCCCCAGCGACUCCUCCAGAGGAAAUGGACUGAGUUUAGAUCUGAUCCAGGUCCCUGCGCUGGAGCAUCUUAACAGCAGGAGCCAGACCCCCUCACCUCUGGAACACUCCAAACCCUUCCCCGGAGGCACCUCAGAACGGGACACCACUUCCUCUCUGGGGGAUGACCACUUCCUGUUCAGUGAUAACGUCUCUCUGGGGGAGUCUUUCAACAGCGGCGAGUGUACAGAGGAGGAGCUGGUGAGGAUGGUCCUGGAGGUGGUCCUGUGUGUGAUGUGGAAGGGCGUGAGCGGAUCGGACGAUGCCGCCUGGCUGGAGAGGGGGCAGGUCUUCUCUGCCCUCACCAAACUGGGCACCGCCAACGAGCUGCUGCUGCCCGUCGAUCACAUCAAACUCAGUCUGUUGGAGCGGAUGGUGGAGAGCGCGGUGAGCGAUUACCGCGAGUGCACGACGGCCGCGCUGCCGGAGCAGACGGAGAACGCGGUGCGGCUGCUGCAGGUGGUGCAGGACUUCCUGCAGGCGGAGGGGCUGGUGAACCCGGCGCUGUGGAGCGAGAAGCUGCUGGAGGAGACGGUCACGCUGAUGGACGGACUCAUGGUGUGGUACAGCGCCGGCGUCCAGUGGCAUCACCUCUCGCAGCUCGGGCUCCGACUCCUGCUGGGGUUCAUCGCCCAGCCCGACCCUCAGGUGUGCGCGAUGGCGACGGCGAAGCUGAACUGGAUCCUGCAGAUAAAGGUGGUGGACUCUCAGGACGAGGCGUGUUUCCUGCUGGGCCGGGUGGAGUGCAUCCUGCGGCGCUCUCUGGGGGGGCAGAAGGGAGAGGAGGAGGAGACGUACUCCUUCCUGGUUCCUCUGCUCCGUACCCUCCUGUCUAAAGUACACAAGCUGCUGUACAUGGAGCUGCACCUCCCCUCCCUUCCCAACUGUAACGGCAGCGCCUCCUUCUUCGAGGACUUCCAGACCUACUGCAGCUCCCCCGAGUGGAGGGUCUACCUCGAUAAAUAUAUCAUCCCCUACAUGAAGCAGUACGAGAUCGAGACCUUCAGUCAGGACCACGAGAACAUGGCUCUGUACUGGAAGGACUGUUACGAAACCUUCAUGAUGAACCUGCACCGCCGGGAGAGAGAGCGGGGCGAGAGCAAGAUCCGCUUUCAGGAGCAGUUUGUGGAGGUGUUCAGCCGGAGAGCCCGGCAGGAGAACCUGAGGUACAACAGCAUGCUGAAGCAGAUGCACACGCAGAACAGCGCCACCCUCAGGCAGUGGAAAGCAGCGCGUCGCUCCCUGCUGUGUGACCGAGGACCCUGGGCCGACAGGCAGCAGAAGGAGAUGUACUGGAAGUUAUCCAGCGCUGAGAAUUACUCUCGAAUGCGUCUGAAGAUGGUGAGGAACUACAACUACGACCCUCACAGAGAGGCCAGCGCUCUCAGAGACAACCUGGGUGUGCAGCAGCAGCAGAAGGUGAACACUGAGUCUCUGCUGCUGGAGGCGGUAAAGCAGGUGAAGGUCAGUGACCUGGAGGACGAAAUUCUCGAGCUACCGGAGGAGGAACCGAGCGCUAAUACACAGUCUGAUGAGGAGGAGGCUGGUCAGAAGGAGAAGCUGGUGAUGAUGGAGGACUGUGAGCUGGUCACCAUGGUGGACGUUUACCUGGGACGGCUGGAGAUCACCAACCAGCACAUUUACUUCUACGACUGCAGCACGGAGAAGGAGGAGGGCGUGGGUCAGGACUUUAAAUGGCCGCUGUCUCAGAUCAGAGAGAUUCACCUGCGCAGGUACAACCUCCGCCGCUCCGCCCUGGAGAUCUUCCUCAUCGACCAGACCAGCUACUUCCUCAACUUCCACAAGGAGGUUCGUAAUAGAGUCUACAACCGGAUGCUGCUGCUCUGCUCGCUCUCUCUGCAGGGCACCCGCUCGCCCCAGGAGCUCCUCAAGGCCUCCGGACUCACCCAGAAAUGGGUGAACAGGGAGAUCUCGAAUUUCGACUACCUGAUGCAGCUGAACACCAUCGCGGGGAGAACCUACAACGAUCUGGCUCAGUAUCCUGUGUUCCCGUGGGUGCUGUCGGACUACACGUCGGAGGAGUUGGACCUGUCUGAUCCGCGGGUGUUCCGGGACCUCUCCAAACCUGUGGCUGUGCUCAACGAGAAAAACGCCAAAGCAGUGAGAGAGAAGUAUGAGAGUUUUGAGGAUCCUACAGGAACCAUCGACCGUUUCCACUACGGGACUCAUUACUCCAACGCUGCAGGAGUCAUGCACUACCUCCUCAGGGUGGAGCCCUUCACCUCCUUACACAUCCAGCUGCAGAGCGGCAGGUUCGACUGCGCAGACAGACAGUUCCACUCGAUCCCCGCCACAUGGCAGACGCUGAUGGAUAACCCCAACGACGUCAAGGAGCUCAUCCCCGAGUUUUUCUACUUCCCAGAGUUCCUGGAGAAUCAGAACGGCUUUGAUCUGGGGCGGCUGCAGAUCUCGAAGGAGCGCGUGAACGACGUCGUCCUGCCAAAAUGGGCCAAAUCGCCCGAAGACUUUAUUUACAAGCACCGCAAAGCUCUGGAAUCAGAGUAUGUUUCCGCCCACCUCCACGAGUGGAUCGAUCUUAUUUUCGGGUACAAGCAGAGGGGCCCCGAUGCGGUGGAGGCCCUCAACGUCUUCUACUACUGCACAUAUGAAGGUGCUGUGGAUCUGGAUGCCAUCACCGAUGAGAAGGAGAGGAAAGCGUUAGAGGGAAUGAUCAGCAACUUCGGCCAGACGCCGUGCCAACUGCUGAAGGAACCACACCCUGUGCGUCUGUCUCUGGAGGAAGUGGAGAAGAGGAAAUCACGACUCGAUACCGGUCCACUAAACAUCUUCGAACAUCUCAGCGACCUCAAAUCAUUCUUUGUAGAGGGUAUCAGUGAUGGAGCAGCGCUGGUGAAAGCUGUCGUACCCAAGAACCAGUCUCACUCGUUCAUCUCACAGGGGAGCCCAGACACACUGGUAACAGUGAGCCAGAACUGUUUGGUAGGAACUCACGGCUGGCUGUCGUACGAUAGAAACAUCUCCAACUACUUCACCUUCAUUAAAGAUCCUACAGUGACCAAUCAGAAGACUCAGAGGUACGUGGGCGGGCCCUUCUCUCCAGAUGUGGAGGUGAACACCAGGCUGUUUGUGGUGUCUCAUGAUGGGAAGCUGCUGUUCAGUGGAGGACACUGGGAUAACAGCCUCCGAGUCACGUCACUGCUGAGGAGCAAAACUAUAGUGCAGCACGUCCGGCACAUGGAUGUUGUGACGUGUUUGGCGACUGAUCACUGUGGGCUUCACCUGAUCUCAGGUUCCAGAGACACCACCUGCAUGGUGUGGCAGGUUCUACAGCAGGGCGGGGCUCCGGUGGGACUGAGCUCUAAGCCGGUUCAGGUGUUAUAUGGACACACAGACGAGGUGGUGAGCGUGUGUAUCAGCACGGAGCUGGACAUGGCCGUGUCAGGAGCACGGGAUGGCACAGUAAUCAUGCACACCGUAAGAAGAGGACAGUACCUGAGGUCCUUGCGCCCCCCAUGUGAGAGCGCGUUACCUGUGUGUGUUACACAUCUGGCCAUGUCGUGGGAGGGGCAUGUGGUGGUACACACCUGUGUGGAGGGCAAAGCCACACUCAAGGAUAAGAACGCGCUGCACCUGUACUCGGUGAACGGGAAGCACCUGAGCACUGAAGCUCUGAAGGACCAGGUGAUGGACGUGUGUGUGUCAGGAGAGUUCAUCAUCACCGGGAGUGAGCAGGGCUUCCUCUCCAUCAGAGACCUGUACAGCCUGGCGCUGUGUGUGAGCCCGGUGGCGAUGCGGGUACCGAUCCGGUGUGUAUCAGUACCGAAGGAGCAAUCGCACGUACUGCUGGGUCUGCAGGACGGAAAACUCAUCGUGGUGGGAGUGGGAAAACCGACCGAGAUGCGUCCGGGUCAGAUCACGAGGAAGCUGUGGGGCAGUAAACGCCUGAACCAGAUCUCGUCGGGGGAGACGGAGUACCCCACCCAGGAGCAGAUCUGACCCCAUCCUCCCCCCCGCCAGUCUUUAGGAACGCCCACUUUCAGGAGAGUGAAGUGUUGGACGGGCGCGGGCGCUCGCGUUCAGCACAGUGUGUUAUACAGAGUCUAUUACACACCUUACUACCCCCUACCUACCCCUGUACCUACCCCUGUACCUACCCCUCCGAAAGAUAAACACUCACACACACAUUAUCAUCACAACCUAUUAUCUGUCACACAAGUGUGUGUGUGUGUGUGUGUGUGUGUGUGUGAGUGUGUCAACAGUCUUAUGCAAAAGUUUACACGCCCCCGCUCAAAUUCCACAUUUCUUUUUUUAAUGUUUGAUCUUCCGACGCGCUCACGGCUGAGCUGGAACACGUCCUGUUCCUACAGAGAACCGUAACGCGUACAGAGGAACACGCUGUACACUCGGUAUUUCUCUGCCGCUCGGACAGCAGGGGGCGCCGAUGCAGCAGUUCGGUCUUUUAUUAGUGGAACAUCUCUCCAAUGAUGAGAACCGGGUUCUCCGCAGCCGUGCACCUCCACAGUAGACCGCGGCGCUCCCUAAGCACCUUUGUUUCGUCAAAUUGUCAAAAUUUCUUUAUAUAUAUAUAUAUAUAUAUAUAUAUAGACGUGAGGUUUGAGCCGGGGCGUCCGUAAACUUCUGACUACGUGUCUCGUGAACGUCUGAACGCGUGCUGAUUUAUUACUUGAACUGUGGUUUAUUUAUUACAAUGAAGGCGUGAUUUUAUUAUAAUAAAUUAAUUUUAGCACACUACAGUGAUUAAGGGCUUUCCGAUUCAUCUCUCUAAGCAAUACCCCCCCCCCCCACACACACACCCCACCCCACACCCCCCCACACCUAGUAAACGACUUCUGACAGUACAAGUACAUUCCAGUCUGAUGCGCCCACUGACCAAUCCUCCGAGUCUUCCUGUGAAGCGCGUGUGACCGGGGCGGGUUUGCCGUUGCCACGCCCGUCUCUUUUAACCUCCACCUUUAAGCCAUUUGUACUGAGUUUACUAUGCAGAACGCGUCCAGAACCCCAGGGCCGCGGGUACGAAGCCCUCCCGUCCGUAUUUAGGUCCCAGAACCAGGUGUAAAUCAGGUGCUGCUGGUUGUGGUUGCCAGGUCUGUAUUUUUCCUGCCAAAUUGAGUGAAUAAUUAGCCGCGUGAGGCUUCUUGGCUUCUACAUUCCACUGUAAUUCAUUAAUUCCGCGCUCGUUAGCUCUGCACGUUCCUGCUUUAGGUUACACUGUAUGGACAAAAGUAUUGGGACGCCCUUUUCUGCUUCUAAUUAUUGACUCGUGCAUUUUAUGCAGCCACGACAGUUGACUUCUCUCCUCUACACCUCCUUUGUACCUCCUCUGUACCUCCUCUGUACCUCCUCUACACCUUCACUUCCUUCGUACCUCCUCUGCACCUCCUCUACACCUCCUCUACACCUCUUCUUUGCCUUCACCUCCUUUGCAUCUCUUCUACACCUCUGCAUCUCCUCUGUACCUCCUCCGCAUCUCCUCUGUACCUCCUCUGCACCGCCUCUACAAUUCCACUGUACCUUUUCUGCACUUCCUCCAUACCUCCUCUGGACCUUCUCCUCCAGUGUACCUCCUCUACACCUCCUUUGCACUUCCUUUGCACCUCGUCUACACCUCCUCUGCAUCUCCUAUGCACCUCCUUCGUACCUCCUCUACACCUCUUCUACACCUUCACCUCCUUUGCAUCUCCUCUACACCUCCUCUGUACCUCCUUUUUACCUCUACUUUUUUACACCUCCUCUGCACCUCCUCUACACCUCUGUAUCUCCUCUACACCUCCUCUACACCUCCUCUGUACCUCCUCUGUACCUCCUCUGUACCUCCUCUACACCUCCUCUGUACCUCCUCUACACCUGACUGGAUUAGAAAAGAGUCUUUCCCAAACUGUUGGAGAUAUGUUAUUCAUGUUAUUCACCAUAAGUUAUUGAUGUUAUGGGUGUGGCCGGGACACCUGAUGCUUUUGGGUCAUAUAGUGUGUUUUAUGGUUGUCAUGGCACAUACACUGUAUGGACCAAAGUAUUGGGACGCCCUUUUCUGCUUCUAAUUAUUGACUCGUGCAUUUCAUGCAUUUCCACGACAGUUUCUAACAGGUGUAAUAAAUCAACAGUGCAAAGGAAAUCAUGUGCUUCCUUAAUAUUCUUUGCAGCAACAGUUUAAAGAAGGCCCAUUUCUGUUACAGCAUGACAUGACUCAGCACUCAACAGCUCUGGGAUGAACCGGAACACCGACCGAGGCUUUUUUUGACUGACACAUGGGCAGAAAUUCCCACUGACACAUUUCUCAGUCUUGUGAGAAGCUUCUCAGACGAGCGGCUGAAAAGAUCACACAGAAGUCACGUUUGUUUUUAAAAUGGGACGUUUGACAAGCUCUCAGUCAGGCGUCCAAAUACUUUUGGCCACGUAGAGUACAUUAUCCUUCUCAUGAUAAUAUCUGUAAUAAGCUAUUUUUUGUAAACCAUGUUGCUUCUCUGCCUUUAGGCGCUGCUUAAAUCAGUCAGAUCUGGCAACCCUGAUCAUAGUGGCACUCACAGGCUUUGAAGAGUCAAGUGAAGCUUGAUGAUUUUUAUAUAUUUGCCUGUUUCUUAAAUGCACAAAAAUGUAAAUCAGAUUAAUUUUAGAAUUUUAUAUCAGAGGGUUUAUUAUUAUUAUUAAUUAUUAUUAUUUUUAAUAGUCGUGUGUUUAUCCGAACAAAUCUAACAGAAUCUAACCCGGCGUCUGAGAGUCGUCGCUCUUCUCGCUGCUUACUGGUUCCGAGUCCAGUCUCUUCCAGUCUUUCUUCCAGAGCUCUGUGGUCGACUGUUUUCACCAUCUCUGAGCAGCUUGUAGGGUUCGGCUCGACACGCCCGAUCAGCUACAGCUUGAGUAAACUGAUUGUCGAUGCCAGACGCUACCUGAGCGCAGAUCUUCAGCUUCAUACCCUUCGUUAGCCCUGGCUUUUUGGGUUGCAGUUCGAAGUCUUUAUGCAUUUUGUAUUUUCAAUCGUUCGAUAGUGUUUGCAUGCACGUGUGUGAACGUUGUGCGUUGUCGUGAACCCGAUAGUUCCGUCCGGGACGUUACGGAAUGUUCUGGAACUUGAAAUACAGCCAAGCCAAGAUGUGGUUUGCUUCUUCAGAUCCUAUUUUAAACCCUAUUUUGAAACACUACAGGGCUAAAAGUAUGUGGACAUCCCGCUAAUGAUUGAUUUUAGGUGAUUCAGCCACGCCUUUUACUGGGAGGUGAAUGAAAUGAGCGAUAAAUAGCAUCGAUGAUAUAUAGUCACGCGUUUCGGGUUUGGUGUGGUGGAACCCCUGACAUGCAUAGCACAGCUGUGGGAUGAAUUGGAACGUCCGUUGCGAAUCAGAGCCUUCUUGUCCGACCUCGUGUGUUUAACAGCGACGUCACGAACUCCAGCAGCAGUGAGAACGCCCGAUAUCAUUCAGAUUAAUGCACACGGUUUUGGAACGGUCAGGCGAUUUUCCGAACCAGGUUCUGAGCUAAACGUUAGAAUUUAUUAUAUAAUAAAAAACGUACAAGCAUUCAGGACACGUUCUGAACCUUAUUUUUUUAUUUUUUAUUAAUUUGUGAAUUUAAAAUGCUUUUUUAAUAUUUGCAGUGAGAGAUGAAGCUAAUACACACCACACAAGCAGAUACACAAACUCAUCUAGUCGUUUAAUAAAAAGUUUAGUGCUAAAUGCUAAACGAUUCCUUUUCUUCUUCUCUGGAUCGUUCAUGAAUCACGUGGACGUUCGCAUUUCAUUUCUUCUCGUUAUUAAUCCUGCGUAAGGAGAUCCGAGUGCCUUUUUUAUUCCUUAUCAUCCCUGUACGAUCUGUAUCCAGCAUUCCAGAAACCGGGAAUAAAGGAGGAAAAUCUGAGUGUUUGAUAUCCGACGUGUGAUUUGGCGUCACAAAUGUGUGUGUGUGUGUGUGUGUGUGUGUGUGUGUGUGUAUGUAUUUAUAAUGCAGUAUGUACAGCAUGAUUUUGAUUUCUGUCCGAAUUCUAUUUUUUUGCACUGUGCAGGUACGAUUACGGUUGUAAGAGAUUUUUAAUUUGAAAUGUUUCUGAUCUUUACAGAUGAAAGGUUUGUAAACGCACCUAUCGGAAUGAUCAUUAAAGUGGUGUUUAAAUAAGUUCA